ACCGAGUUAGGCAGAGACUCAGGACCAUACAUAAAAACAGCCGAAUUUAGUCCCGAAGAUAAGCGCAGAUCAAAAGCGCUCUUCAUUUAGCGGCAUGAGAGCUAAUUAGGUUUUAUAUGCGACAUUUAAACUGUUGAGUGAAACAGCGGCGUUUCGCAACACUGAUUUUGCGCAACUGUUUCCCUCAUCUUGCGACAGAUUUUUCGGGGAAUAAAAAAUGAUUCUCGACGUGCUCUGUUCCUAUGACAUGAUUUGGAUUGCACCUUGCAUUUUGGGGGGAAAUCAGCACUGAACGCAGUAUACGACGUUUUUUGGACAACUUUGGCGCCAGUGGACACGGGCUGUCGCGAAAGUCUCUAACUGCCUCAGGAUUGUUGCUGUUGGACUGAUGGCUCUGAGCAGGAUGGACCUCGUCGGGCUCUACUUGUUCCAGCUGGCAAUUUUGGGGGUGCCACGGUUGGUGUUGGGGGGCAGGUGGGACUGUCUGACUGCGGGGGAUUCAUGCUCCAGUGAUGAGGCGUGCAGUCCUCGCUUGAGAACGCUGCGGCAGUGCGUUGCAGGUGGGGGGAGUGUGAAGCUGGGUCCAGGGGCUCGUAACCACUGCGAGAACGCAGUGACGGCCCUAAUCUCCAGCCCUCUACAUCGAUGCCAGUGCAAACGAGGCAUGAAGAGAGAGAAGAACUGUCUCAGCAUCUACUGGAGCCUCAAGCAGUCUGUACUGCAUGGGCUGAGUUUGGUGGAGAAUUACCCCUAUGAGCCUGUUGAGCGAGGCUUUGAUUAUGUUCGCCUGGCCUCCAUCGCUGCAGAAUCUGAGGUGGGCGUGACAACAAUGAACCGUUGUUUGGACGCCGCCAAGGCCUGUAAUGUUGACGAGAUGUGCCAGAAGCUGCGCACGGAAUACGUGUCAGCGUGCAUCACUCCAUCAGUGCGAGCUGGGCCAUGCAACCGUGCACGCUGCAGCAAAGCGCUAAGAAAGUUCUUCGACCGCGUGCCACCCGACUACACACACGAGCUGCUCUUCUGUCCAUGCUCCGACACCGCAUGUGCAGAGCGACGGCGCCAGACCAUUGUGCCCACGUGCUCAUAUGAAGAGCAGGAGAAACCCAAUUGCCUGGCCCAACUACGAGUCUGCGAGGCUGACUACAUCUGCAAGUCUCGCUGGGCUCAGUUCCAGCAUGACUGCCAACCCUCCGAGCUCACUGCCAGCAGCUGCCAGCAUGAAAAUUAUGGAGCCUGCCUUAUUGCAUACACCGGCCUGAUAGGUAGCAUUAUCACUCCAAACUACCUAGACAACUCUACAUCCAAUGUGGGACCAUGGUGCUCAUGUGCGGCUAGUGGGAAUUUCCGAGAUCAGUGCAGCCACUUCCUCAGCCAUUUCCAUGAAAACAAUUGCUUAAAAAAUGCCAUCCUGGCUUUUGGGAACGACACAGACCUGAAAUCUGCUACCAAUCAAGCUCCAGGCUCUAACACCAACAUUUACAACCAGAUCUUAGUCACAAGCACAGAGUCUACCAACAUUAUUGGUGCUUCCAUGGAGACUGAACAGAAAAUCCUCCGGCCACAGAUUCCAACACAGAUGAACGAGAGAGACAGACUGUGGGGUGACUCCACGCUCCCCUCCCCUGAUCUCUAUGACAACAGUCCCGCAGCAGCCCGCCUAGCCAUAUUACUGUGGCUCUUUCCCUUCCUGCUGCUGGCUCUCCAACUUUAAAAUGAAGCAACCAAUCAAAACACCAUGAAACUGUGACAGUGUGUGUAUAUUCAUGAGUUUUAACCUCUGCCAACCGCAUUUCAAAAACUCCUUUGGAGAGAACGCAAGAACUGCGAACAUCUCAAAAAAUACGAAACUCUACACCGUUCCACCAAUGCAACUUAGUGAUUCUUUGUCUGGAUGUACCCAGUGACUGAUUUCAAGGGUUUAAAUAAUUGUGUAUGUGUCUCAAACUAUUUUAGACUGAAAAUGACUCCCAUGUAAGAUAAACCCCCUCUCUCUUCAACGAGACUGAAAUGCAGUCGCCUGGCGACUGAGUCAUGCCAAUGCUAUGCAUCUCAAAAAAGAAAUCCCUAUCUGUUCAUCAUCCAUAUUUUAAUGCUUUUUUCCCCAGCUCUUUUGAGUGCAAGACAUUGGUUUGUGUGUUGUAUAUUCACUGAGGUAGAGGUGUGUUUUGUGAUGUCUGCUUGAAGGAAAAAUCACAAGGACAAGUGGUUAACGAGAGGAAACCAAUGUAAUUUCAAUGUACACUAAGAGCUACUUCACAUGAGAAUGGGCUUCAAUGGGUUACAGAGAUGGUCUUUAUUUUUGUAAUGUGGUUGAAUUGUUGAGAUGCUUCUCCUUCCCUUCUCAAGCAGUCCUGGAGUUGAGGAGUGCACUUUUGUUAAGAAAAUGUUAAGUAAGACACAGUGAACAGCAACAAGUGCAAUAGAUUUAAAGUAUCUGGAUUAAAGACCCCAUGAAAUCGCUUGACAAGCACAAUUUUCUUUCCAGUGUUGCCGUAUUGUAAAAGAAAGUUGAGGCAGGGCAUAUCUAAGGAAUAGCCCAUUUUUUAAAAUAGACAAUAGUCUUAAAGGGAUAGCUCACCCAGAAAUGGAAAUUCAUCAUUAUUUACUCAUCGCAAUGUUACUCUAAACCUAUAUGUUUCCGUAAAGCAUAAAAAGGUGAAUAUUUAGAAAGUCUUCACAGGGUUUAUUUACCAUGUAAUGCAAGUGAAUAGAGACUCCAAAAAUAAAAAAGAAAAAAAGAAAAAAAUAAUAAUAAUAAAAAAUAAAAAAACCACGGUAUAAGCAAUCGAUAACAAUUACACCACUGGAUAUGACUCAUGCACAUUAUUCCUUAAAGUCUUUUGAAGCCAUACAAUUACUUUCUGUGAUAGAAUGCAAAUUAAGUUGUUCUCAACUCCCUGACAUAAUGAAAUAAUGAAUAAAGCGCUGAAAUCAAAUAUGCUAAUUCAUUAAAACUCAUUGGUUCUCUUUGCGCCUCAUGACCAGACGUCAUUUUGCAAGAACCAUAUUUCAGCACCUUGUUUUUAUUUUAUAGUGAAUAAUGACAUUUUGGUCUGUACAUCACUCAGUAAUCAUUUUGCUUUAGAAGACUUGGAAUAAAGUCAACCAACUGUAUCGACUGCUUAUACUGUGGUUUAAUGUUUUUUUAAAAAAAACAUUUUUUAUUAACAUUAACUAAGAUGAAUAACUGCUGUAAAAGUAUUGUACAUUGUUAGUUCAUCUUAACUAAUGUUGCUAAUUAAUGUUAACAAAUGGAACCUUAUUGUAAAGGGUUACCUUUUUAAAUUUUUAAGUGAACUGCUCUCAGUUUACAUGAGAUUAAGUUGGUGGUAUUAAGGUGAGGGCCAUUCACUUUCUAGAGAGAAUUUGAUUGGACAAAAAUUGGGAUAUACCCCUAUAGUCCAAGAUAAGCCAAUAUUGAAAAUUUUACAUGAAGGGUACAAUGGGGCUAAAGGCACCCCUCAAGGAAAUUUUGCUUUUUUUAUUUAUUUGUAUUGAAUAUUGAUGGAGCAACAUAAUUUGUGUGAAAAUAAAUAAUAACUGGAGGUUGUUUUAAACAAAAUUCAGUUUUUUAAAACAAGGUGGUGAGGGAGCCUUUUACCCCACACUUGGGGUAAAAGGCCCUUAGAGGGUUUAAAGUGAUAUUGUGUAGAUACCGGGGCAAUAGUUAUAGGGCACAAUUUGUCAACUAAUGCAAAUAAUCUUUUUGAGUAACAAAUUAAGAUGAUGCUUACUCAAAAUAACUACCAUUUCCUGUUAAUUUCAAACACAUUUGGCAUUUUAUUACAUAAAGUAUUCUAUAAACAAACUAAUCUCUACAAGUCUAUACAAAUAAAAAAUCUAUUCGCCCAACUUUAAAAAAACAAUGUGUUUAAUAGGGGCAUUCAGCCCCUGCAUCAGGGGGGCUUUUUACCCCAAAUACUAUCCUUACACUUAUUGGACAGUAUUGAAAAUGUUUGAUUUAAUGACCUUAAUCAAAACUGAAAAUGAUAAGUAUUUUGUCUCAAAAGAAAUGUGUUAAUUUCAGGAAUUUUCAUUAGCUACAUAAAUGUACAACAUUUAAAAAAUUUUUUUUAAAUGAGAUCAAACUGCCUCAAAAUCAACCUUUAGACAUUAUAUGACAUUACAUUUUUGUUGCUAUUUAUUGUUUUGGGAGAAAGUAAAAAUCAAUGGAGCCUUUUACCCCACUGAGCCUUUAGCCCCGUUGUACCCUAUAUUUUGAAUUAAAAGUUUUGUCAUCUUUUAGGAGUACACUAGCAUAUCGAUGGUUUUAGAGUUAACAGACAUUGACUAAAAGCCACAAAACACCCAUUUUGAUUUCAUGGGGUCUUUAAUGGUUUUUAUUGUGGGGUUCUUGAGCAGUUCUCAUGUACUUCAGCUGUGGAAAUGGAUGUCUAAAAUUCUGCAGCAAACUUCUCAUUUAACAACACUGUUGUUAAAACACUUCAUGUUCAUGUGACUCAGAGCAGCUUUUAACCCCAUUUCUCCACUGUUUCACAGUCAAUCUGAAUGAGCACAAUGAAAGUUCAUAGAUUGUUUCUAGUGACUGACAGCACAGUAUUCUGCCAUUCAACAAAGUUUUGUUGCUUUUUUGUUCUCGAUUGUGCUCUGACCCCCGACCUCCAGAGACUUUUGACCAAUCAGCUUCAUGUGAGAAAAGGGCACAGCAUAACUGUCAAAUGGGUGAAAUUUGUGGAUUUUACUUGUUAUUUCCUGAAAAAUAAAGCUGACAGAUAUGGAUGUACAGUAUAGAAUUUGUGUCCAAGAAUGUUUUAAAUACAGCUAAGAGUACUGUUGAGAUCUUUCAUAAACAAACCCCUGCACAAAAAAGAAAAAAAAAAGUUAGUGUCGGUAAAACUCACAAUUACUUGGAUGCUACUGCCACAAGAUAUACUUAAAAUAUAUAGCUGAGUAUAUAUCUUGACCCAGGAGCAGCUUUUGAGGCCAGGGGCUGUCACGCUAUUUACAGAAUUCUCCCUCCCUGCCCAAUCUCCAACAUAAAAAAUAAUUGGAAUAUUUUAUUAAACACUGUCUCUGCAAAUAUACUUUGUCAAAUGCAAAUAAACUGCUAAUAGUGUGAGAUUUUCAGUCAAUUAUGAAGCAACAUUGUAUGGGUGUACUGCACUGUAUCUACAUGAGCUGAGACACUUUGACAGCUCCCUCUCAUAAUCCCACAUUGACUGCAUCUGAGGUUUCAUUCGAAGCACUAGAGAAACUGUCAUUCUCAUGAUAUUGUUUUUCCUUCUCUGCUAGCUGAUAAUGAGAAGAGAUAAAUGUAUUUUACCAUUCCUGUCGUGACUUGUGAGUAAAAAAAGUAUAGAUGUUUACAAUAGCCUAUCUGGUCUUAUUGAAUCGUUACUAAUACCUACAUUUUUGCAAAAUUACUUUUCUGUAGCUCGUUGUAUCGUGGCACUUUCCUGGUGACAUGAACACCAGAGGUGCUAUGACGACUUUCAUUCUCUUUCACACAAAUCAUGAGUAAAACUGCAGAUUAUCAGUUCAUAAACACGUACUUUUUAUUCUAUUCCUCACACAGCGCACGACUUGGAAGGCGAUACUUUUACUGUUUGCUUCACAUUACCAACAACAUUUAUAAGAUUGUGAAAUGAAGCAUGAUCAAAUUGCACAGUAGUUCAACUGAUAGAGUGUUGAACUUUUUGAUGCAAGGGUAUGAGUUCCGAAGAGCAUGCGAGAUGACACGUGAGCCAAAAGUGUCAAAGAAGCACCACAAAAUUACAUUGUUGCUACAACAAUUGCAUUUUUCAUCUGACUUUAGCUUUAUAUGACACUAUCGGUUAGGUUUAGUGUAGGGAGGUAGGUUUGUUGAUUUAACCAUAGAAAUCUUAUCUGUGUGAGAGACAAUUUCCACUCGCUUUUAGCACCAAUCAAAAGAGCCUACCUUAUAAUAUUCUGGUUGCUAAAUGCAAGUCUAUGGGAUGUUUUUUCUCACCCAUUUAAUCAAUGUCAGGCGAAAAUCCCAAGUUCGAUUGUUUAAAGAUACCAGAAGUUUAAUUUUAGGGUUAGAGGUUUUACUCAGAUCUCUAAUGUUAAGUAUAAACAACAAGUCUAAAUACAGGUAAAGUGGGACACAAGCUUAAUCAUCUAUCAUUGUUUAUAUUCCUCCAUUACUAAAAAUCAACAUUAAGUUCAUUUUAAACUAGUAUAGGAUGACACUGAUGUAGCCAUUUAGAUUAUAUUUUAAAAUCAAUGGCAAUAACAAACUUAAGAAAGCCUUGUCUGAAAGUUAAAACUUUAAAAGAUUGAAGUUUGAAGGUUUCACAGGCCCUAAAUUCAGACAGACAAACCAUGAGAUAGACAGACAAACCAUGACUUAGACAAAGACAGAUAAACCAUGAGACAUAUAGACAGACAGACCAUGAGAUAAAUGAUUUAUGAAAACCAUAUGGAUAUGGACAAAAUCAAAACAGUCUGAAGGUCUGUGCAGCGUUUGGAAGAUUUAGAUCGCAAGUUCUAGGAGUAACAGUUGAUAUUUGUCUUGGUUUAGGUACUUUGGAAAGACCCUAUACCAAACUUGUAGAAUAACAGUACAUUGGCUUUGUCAAGGCUACAUAAUUAUUAGAAAGUGUCCCACUUUCCCUGUAGUCACACUAAUAGCUACGCUUGCCUUUGCAAACACCACAAAUAAUGGUACGGAGAUAAAAUGCUGUACAUUAAAUGUAUAUGUGUUAUGCAAUGUGUGUGCUGUUCCCCCCUGGGCUACAUAAAUUA